CUCACAUAUAGAAUGAGUUUUAAAAAUCUAUAGCCUCUCCCCUUGUGGAUCAUAUAAAAUCACAUGAACACUUUCACUUUCCAAACAUCACUUGAAGCGUACUUCCGUGUUUGCGGGCUAUCUAUUUUAUCAUCGAAAAUAACUUUAAUAACAACUUGUUGGCCUACAGUUGAAAACGUUUUCAUUACGUCCUCUACGUCCUUCUUCCAAACGCUCGUCUAUCGAAAACUGUAUUGAAGAGUUGCAGUUGCAUCUGCGCCAAUGGACCCGUUGGAUUUUCUGACCGAUGAGGAGUUACUGCGGUUUUUCCGCUGUAGUAGGACUGAGAUGUCGUGCAUGGAGCAACCACACACAUUUCUUAACCAGCUCCGAGACCACCACCUCAUUCCGGAAGAAAUGUACAAGAAGCUGAUUCGGUGUAAGAGUAAGGAGGUGAGGGAGAAGGGUGUGUACCAAGUGUUGGACUGGGUGGAGGCAGAGAGGCCCAACAGCAUCAAGGUGUUCUGGAACUGUGUGUUCAGGGACCACCUCCUGCAGCAGUACCCCACGUUACGCCUGCUCCGAAACCGCCUGCUGGACGGGUCGUUCACAUUCUAUGAGAAACUGCCAAAGAAGGUGGAGAAGGACGAGGAGGAGGAGGAUAAAAAGAAGGCUUCAGAGGAAGGAAAAGAUGGGGAGGAGGAAGAGGAGAAAGAGGAGGAGGAGGUGAAAACAAGGAAAAAUAGUAAAGAGAAAGAGAGAAGUGAGAGUGCUGAGGAGGAGCAGCCCAGCACAUCCACCCAGUCCAAUCCCAGUCAGAAGAGGAAAGUCCAGAGUCCGACCAACUGUUUUCCUUCCAGGAAGGGGGAGAAAGAUGACAUCUGGACCUGGCCCAUCUACAAGACCCAGCUCCCAGUCACCUGUGGGGACAAAGAAGGCAUUCUCAUCAGGAACAAGCUGGCCAAAGGGGAGAGGUGCAUUGUGGUCCAGGGUCGCUGGUUCACCCCAAGUGGCUUUGAGGAAUUUGGGGGGAAGAAGAGCAGUAAGAAGUGGAAGUACAGUAUCCGCUGUAGUGGCACCACUCUGGGAGAACUGAUCCAGUCCCCCUUUCUCUACCCCCUCCCAUCACCAUCCCACCCACCUCAGGAAGGUCAUCUAACUUCACCAGACUUUAAAAGGAGAAAAAGUGCACAGAGUGCACUGUUUCCCUCCAACCAAUCAGUGGGCUCAAUCACACAAUCUGAGGAGGAUGACGAUGAGGAGGAGGAGGACGAGGUAGCGGAGGAAGCAGAGCAGGAAAGAGAGGAAGGAGAGAGAGAAGAGCAGGCAAACACUGCUGAAGGAGGGAGCAGGAAAGGAGGCAGCCAUGGUGCUGUGAAAAAGUCUGUCUUCAAAGUCACCUGUGGAGACAUCAAUGGGAUGCUACAUAAGGAUCGGUUUGCAUCAGGGUUGUGUGGAAAGAGCAUCCGUACGGAGCUGCGCUGGAUGACCCCGGUGGAGUUUGUGAAGGGGGAGUCAGCUCUGGAAGAUCCCUCCUGGAAGAACGACAUCCGGUGGGACGGGAAACCACUCAACCUCCUCAUCAAGAGUAAGAUCUUGGUCAUCCACUCUCUCCUGUGUAAGUGCAAGCUGUGCAGCUCCACAGCCAAAGACAGGGAUAACGAUGACGAUUGCUUCAUCUGUAGAAGCCAGGGUAGCUUGAUAUGCUGUGAUGAGUGUCCUCGCUCCUUCCAUCAGAGAUGUCAUCUUCCUAAUGUGGAUGACGCUAUGCUGGGGGAUGAUCGUCCGUGGUUGUGUACAUUCUGUGUACUGAGGGCCAGUCAGUCGUGGAGUUACCCCACACAAAUGACCUACCAGGAAGCCUUGACCUGCCGAAUCUCUGACCACCCACUGGAAUGCCAGUACCUCCUGCUGUGUCUCUACCAUGCAGAUGAGGACCACAUCUUUGUGAAAGAUCCUUGCAUCAAUGUGAGAAACUACACCAGUGAGAUAAAGACCCCUAUAUGGCUGGACAGGGUUGUGGAGAAGCUGCAGCAGAAUCUCUACCAGUCGGUGCAACAAUUUGUGUCUGAUGUGUUGCUUAUCUUCACCAACUGUGCCACAUUUAACAGGGACAAUGCAGAGUUCCGUGUGAUGGGCGAAAGAUUGAAGGAUCUAUUUGAGAGAGAGUUCAAGAGUACAUUCAGCAUCCAACUUCAGCAUCCAACUGCAUCCAACAGCCAGUAGAGCCUGUGCUGUACUCUCACUACUUUUUAUAUUUUUUAUUUUAUUUAACCUUUAUUUAACCAGGUAGGCUAGUUGAGAACAAGUUCUCAUUUGCAACUGUGACCUGGCCAAGAUAAAGCAAAGCAGUUCGACACA